AAUAAAACCGCCCCCCCAGCCGCUGUUUCGCCUUGUCAGUUUUUUGAUCCCUUCCCUCAUCUCUCCCCUCUCCAUCAUCCCUCCUCUUUAUCGCAGUUCUCUUCAAAGAGCACUUGCAUCUUCUUUCUUUUCGUUAGACUAGACGCCAUCUAGAGCGAGACGAGCGUGUGAAGCGCAGUCCGUGGGCACAUUUCCCCUGUUUCCCACCCACCGCUAUUUUCAGUCCAUUGCUGAAAAUUUCUUCACAUCAUCAUCACAUCAACGCAUCCACCAAAAUCCGUCUUGCAACCACCCCCCCAAACUUGAACGCCAGAGUCAUUUUUCAGCACGACAUGCCCGCUGUUGACGCCAUGACUUCCACCCCAGCGACCUCCGCAAAGGAGACCAAACAGUCACUCGCCACCCUUGAUCAGUUGUUGCAGAAACUCUCAGUCUCAAAGGCUCAAGAUGAGGCCAACGCCGCUUCCAUCAACGUGGCCACCCUCCUGAACGGCCCUAUCGAAGAGCACGAUGUGCCCCAAAAGGCCGUCGAGACCUUCAAGAAACAGCUGGCCAACAAGAAAGAUGCUCUCGUCAGAGAGCGAGCUGUCGAUGGCAUCCGAGCCAUUGCAGAACACUCCACUGUCUCCCCUGCCAUUGAGCCAUACUUGAUCUCCCUCCUCCCUCUUGCUUUGGCUGCAGUGGGUGACAAGAUGGUGCCCGUCAAGAAUGCUGCACAAAGCGCUGCUCUCGCCAUUUGCAAGGCAAUCAACCCCAAUGCCGUCAAGGCCGCCCUUCCUCACAUCCGAAACUCGAUUAUCACAGCCCAGAAAUGGCCCGAAAAGGCCACUGGACUUGACUGCAUCGAGGUUCUUGUCGAGACGGCCCCUACUCAACUCGCCUUCCUCGUCCCCACCCUCAUUCCCAUCGUUUCCGAGUCCAUGUGGGAUACCAAGCCUGAAAUCAAGAAGAAGGCCUACGGUACAAUGGAGAAGGUCUGCAAAUUGAUUGAGAACAAGGAUAUCGACCGAUUUAUCCCCGAACUCAUCAAGUGUAUUGCUAAGCCUGAGAACGUUUCUGAAACCGUUCACUUGCUUGGUGCAACCACUUUCGUCACUGAUGUGCACGAGCCUACACUGGCCAUCAUGGUUCCUCUUUUGGAGCGUGGUCUGGCUGAGCGUGAGACCGCCAUCAAGCGAAAGUCCGCAGUCAUUGUCGACAACAUGUGCAAGCUGGUCGAAGAUCCUCAGAUUGUGGCCGCUUUCUUGCCCAAGCUCAUGCCUGCUUUGACUAAGAACUACGAGAAUUUGGCUGACCCCGAAGCUCGUGAAAAGACCAAGCAAGGUCUAGACACCCUCAAGCGUGUUGGUGCCGUCAAGGAGGACGGUACAGCACCCCAAAUUUCCACUGCCGGCGAGAUUGGCACCGUCUCACCUAUUCUCAAGUCCAUUAUCGACCAGAAGCACAAAUCUGCCUCUUAUGAGGCCACCAUCCAAUACGUGUCCGCCAUUGCUGGCCAGCUCAUCGAUGAGAAGGUCGUCGAUUCGGCUGAUUGGAUAGCCAACACCGUCGAAUACAUCAAAUCCAUCGUCGGUGAAAAUGAUGCCCACAACGUUGUUGAUCAGCUCCGCAAGAAGGCUUCCCCCGGUAUCGAAGAGGAGGCCGAGGCUGAAGCCGACGAUGAAGAAGGUGAAGACCUCUGCAACUGCACCUUUAACUUGGCCUAUGGUGCUAAGAUUCUCCUGAAUCAAACUCACCUGCGUUUGAAGCGUGGUCAGCGAUACGGUCUUUUGGGCCCCAACGGUUCUGGCAAGUCCACCCUCAUGCGUGCCAUCAACAACGAACAGGUCGAAGGCUUCCCCAAACAAAAUGAAGUCAAGACCGUUUUCGUCGAGCACGAUCUCGAUGCUGCCGAUACUGAACAGACUGUCAUUGGCUGGACCAUGAUGAAACUGGAGCAGGUCAACAUCGUCAAGCCCAAGGAAGAGGUUCAGUCUCGCUUGAUCGAGUUCGGUUUCCUGCAGGAGCAACUCGAAGCCCCCAUCACUUCCCUGUCUGGUGGCUGGAAGAUGAAGUUGGCUUUGGCUCGUGCCGUGUUCGAAGAGCCUGAUAUUCUUCUGCUCGAUGAGCCUACCAACCAUUUGGAUGUGAAGAACGUUGCCUGGCUUGAACAAUAUCUUAUCAACUCCCCCUGCACUUCCAUCAUUGUGUCUCACGACUCCAAGUUCUUGAACAAUGUCAUCCAACACGUCAUCCACUAUGAGCGCUUCAAGCUCCGAAGAUACCGUGGUAACCUGACCGAGUUCGCUAAGCGAGUUCCCUCUGCUCGAUCCUACUUCGAGCUUGGAGCCUCUGAGCUGGAGUUCAAGUUCCCCGAGCCCGGUUUCCUCGAAGGUGUCAAGACCAAGGCCAAAGCUAUCGUGCGUGUCAGCAAGAUGGCAUUCCAAUACCCUGGUACCGAGAAGCCUCAAAUUUCCGACAUCACUUUCCAGGUGUCUCUGGGCUCCAGAAUUGCCGUCAUCGGCCCCAACGGUGCUGGCAAGUCUACCUUGGUCAACUGCUUGACCGGUGAAUUGAUUCCCACCACUGGUGAGGUCUACCAGCAUGAGAACAUCCGUAUUGCAUACAUCAAGCAGCACGCUUUUGCUCACAUCGAUAACCAUUUGGACAAGACUCCCUCGGAAUACAUCCAGUGGCGUUUCCAGACCGGUGAAGAUCGUGAGACCAUGGAUCGUGCCAACAAGAUCGUCACUGAAGACGAUGAGAAGGCCAUGGACAAGAUCUACAAGAUCGAGGGCAGCCAGCGACGUGUUAUUGGUAUCCACUCUCGUCGUAAGUUCAAGAACUCGUACGAGUACGAAUGUUCGUUCGCUCUCGGAGAGAACGUUGGCAUGAAGAACGAGAAGUGGACCCCCAUGAUGACUGCCGACAAUGCUUGGAUUCCCCGAUCUGAAAUCCUUGCAUCCCAUCAAAAAAUGGUUGCUGAGGUUGAUCAGAAGGAGGCUCUUGCCAGCGGUCAAUUCCGUCCUUUGAUCCGAAAGGAGAUCGAGGCUCAUGGUGCUAACUUCGGUCUGGAUGCCGAACUCAUCUCUCACUCCCGUAUGCGCGGUCUUUCCGGAGGCCAGCGUGUCAAGGUUGUCCUUGCUGCCUGCACAUGGCAACGACCCCAUUUGAUCGUUCUCGACGAGCCCACCAACUACCUGGAUCGUGACUCGCUUGGUGCCCUUUCCAAGGCCCUCAAGGCUUUCGAGGGUGGUGUUGUCAUCAUCUCCCACAACGCAGAGUUCACUGAAAGCUUGACGGAAGAAGUUUGGUCUGUGCAGAACGGAAAGAUGACUCCUUCUGGUCACAACUGGGUUCAAGGACAGGGUAGCGGCCCCAGACUGACCGAGAAGGACGACGACGAAGAGAAGUUCGAUGCCAUGGGCAACAAGAUCGAGGGCAACAAGAAAGCCAAGAAGCUGACCUCGUCCGAACUGAGAAAGAAGAAGAAGGACCGCAUGGCCCGCCGCAAGCGUGGUGAGGAGGUCUUCACUGAUGAGGACGAGUAGACGACUCAUGUGAUGGUUUUAACGAUCUUUAAAAAAUGACGAGUCGUGCUCUCUUGUGUUGGCUUGCAUAGCACAGCAUCUCGGAUCGGCGUUUGAAGACGGAUGUACAGAUGUUGACACGUCUAAGGCACCGAUCUACGUCCAUACGAACAUGAUUCACUUGCGUUUUACGUUGGGAGUUUGGGGGGUAUGUGGGUUCCAAAAGGUCCGCACUGGUUUCGUUGCGUUGAGUUGAAUAGCAUCGGCAAUAGAGGCUGGAGAUACUGUAUCUCUACAAGCCGUCUGCUUCAGAUACCCACCUGCGACAUGGUCCAGAGCGACAGAGGAGAGAACUGUUGAUCAUAGACAUAGACAAGUGGUUAGAACACUCGAUCUUUGGCCAUCGAGUUCCAUAGACGGAUUGAAAUGCGAUAUCGAAUGUUCAAAAUGAAA